AUGGCAUCCUUCUUUCUCAUAUCUUUACGGGCUCAACUGAUGACAGCUUUCUUCGAAUAUUUUAUUGGGCAGCUGCUCCAGCACUGUUGUGGACCGUGGCUGGAACCAAACUCCGUCCUAAUUACUGUAGGAUUCUUUGCGGAGUCGAAGGUUUACAUCAGGAAGAACUGGUCAUUAUCGGAGGAGGCCCCUAUCCAGGGUUUCGAGUGCGUUGCGAAAUCCACUUCAUGCUUCAACAACACUCUUCGAUUUAUUGCCCACCAAGUCGCCAGGUUGCCAAGUUUCUACGAUAGUGGGUUCCGGCUGCAAUACGCUCCAGUAACGCUCAUAGCCCGGAUAUCCAAAAGAACUGCCAAUACGCGAACCAUCUCUGGGUUUAUCGUAUAUAGCCACGAGACAGCAGAGACGGGCUUUCAAGAAAGGACUGAACCUGGGUUAGGAUACGGUAGAGGAGAUAAAGUAAGUACGGUAGUUACCGUGCAUGUAUUUCUUCUUGGACUUGACAAGCUUAAGACCUUGUAUCGCAUUAUAUGCGCUCCAAAGGAACCUCGCAAGGGUACCCCUCCUGAAUAUUUUGGCACACUUGCAGACGUGCUAGGCCCCUUUCCGCUGCUGGUUAGUGCAGACCGUGCAUGUCCAACCCGCAAGGGCUUUCCCUCGCAGGAGUUUGCCGUAGAGGAUAUCUGUCUCGACGUCGGAUAUCAGCUGGUUAUGGGUCACAAUGUGCAGAACCAACAGCAAAUCAGGUAG